ACCACAGCACCACCUGCAACGCCACCGGUCUCAGCAAACCAUCCCAAACAAAGACAUGGCUCCCUUCGAGAAGUCCAUGGAGAUGACUCCCUUCAAGCAGAGGAAGUGCCUCGAAACAAGAAAAGAUGAAGUGUGCAGCAUUCGAUCCAAAUUCCCUAACAAGUUACCAGUCAUUGUAGAACGAUACGUCCGAGAGAAGACCCUUCCCCUACUGAACAAGACUAAGUUCCUGGUCCCCUUGGAGCUCACCCUGGGCCAGUUCCUCUGCUUACUCAGGUAUAAGAUAGACCUGGAGGCGAGCCAGGCCCUGUUCCUGCUGGUGGCUGAGCGGUGCAUGUCCUGUAUGUCCGCCAGCAUGGGUGAGGUGUACUCGCAGCACAGCGACCUGGACGGCUUCCUCUACCUCACCUACGCCUCGCAGGAGAUGUUCGGAGCUCCGGAGGCAGGCUCACCGCCCAACCGAGAGAGCUGAUUGGCUGAUGGGAGAGCCCGACACACACACAUGGGCGAAAGAACUGUACUGAACCAAACUAAGCUGAAACAAAAACAUACACACACACACAAGCUGAAGAAGAAAAGGAAACGGAAGAAGAGAAUUGGUGGAUAAGACCAUCGCCAUGACGACCAGCAGCAUGCUGUCCUGGUCUGGGUUCAGGCUCCCGGUUCCUCCAACACUUUGCCUUGAACCAAAUAUCAUUCCACUUUCUGAUAUUAGGUCAUCUGAUUACAGUUCAUUGAUCGGACAAUCGCCUGAGCCAACUUACAAGGAGAUCCCAGUCGACAAAGAUGAUUGGUUCCUGUGGUAAGAGAUACGUGGCCCCAAGUUCGUCCGACUGGAAGUGAGGGCCAACAACAUCCUGCCGAGUUCUUAUCCCGACGGUGAAACGUUUAUCGUGCUCUGCAUCUGAUCGGAAACCUUGGAAGGGGAGAUCGAUUUAGCCUCAUGUUAUGACAAGAUAACUUUCAGCUGAGGCUCAUCCAUCAGCUGAAGACUUCCCUCUAGUGGUUACAACCGUUACUACGGGCUUGGAAUGAAGUUAAGAAAGAAUGUGUUUGGCUUGUUUGCAGCACUU